AUGCCUUCGUCUGCGACAGAGAAGGGGUUCAAGAUUGGAAUUGAAAUGGAAGUACUCUUAUCACCAAAAGGACGCAGUUCGGAGACUUUCAAAGACCUGAGCGAAUUCGCCGAUUUCCUGGUCGAACAUUGCAAUGCAGCCCGCAAGCCUGCGCCCAAAGUUCACAACGACGUCGAUGGGGUAUAUGGAGGCUCUCAAGCCAAAUUCGAGUGGUCUCUGACCGAUGAUGGUUCAGUAAAGCCGAGCAAAGUUCACCAAUGGCCGUUAGAGUUAGUUUCGCCAAUUCUUAAUUAUGACGCACGAAGCCCAUGGCGCGAGGAAGUUCGUACGAUGUUCAAUACAAUCAGGCGUGCAUGUAUCAUUGAAUCCAACCAGACAUGCGGUGUUCAUGUCCACAUUUCACCCCCCGGAGACUCUCGCUGGAGCCUCCCGACCCUCAAAUCAGUUUGUCGCAGUAUCCUAUACUUUGACGGAGCUAUAGAAGCAAUGGUGCCAGAAUGUCGCAGGCGGAAUCAAUAUACGCUCAAUAACCGACGCGGCAAUGGUAUUUUCAUUGGAAAAGAUAUCUCGGGUUGCCUCAGGCUUGUAGAGAAAUGCAAGCACCCAGUUGAAGUCGCCGACUUGAUGAACGAGGGCGGUAAAAGAUACUUUGCUUGGAACUUCACAAACCUAUACUAUGGAGGCUUGGCAACUAUUGAGUUCAGGAUGGCGCCCGGUGCAUCUGAUGAGACCAUGUGUCUUCCAUGGGUUGAAUUUGUGGUGUGUUUUGCUCAUGCCUCCAAGACGACAUCAUCGUACCGAGAUUUACUUCAAUACUCUCGAGAUGUGCAAGGCCUGCGCCGGUUUCUACUGAGUCAUGAAGUUUCUGGUCUCAAUCGGACCAUCCUUGAUCAUAUUUUCAAGGGAAAGUCGGGAUACAUAGUUCCCCAAGCAUCUCAAGAAUUGACAGAAGCACAGCGUGCUGAGCUGGAGACCAGAAUGCAGGAGCUCGGCAGACGGAAUUGUAUGAUGAAGAAGUUUGGCUACCAGCUGUAG